UAUGAGCCCAGUGUUUGCGGAAGUACUUCUACGAGUGGUACCAUGAGUGCGUGAGCAGCAAGGUUAUGUUUAAUUUAUAGUAAAAUAAGUUUUUGUUAUCAUGACACCUAAGUGACUCCCUAAAAAACAAGAAAAGAAAAACGAAAGAGAAAAAAGGACGACACAUCGUUUAUUGGCAUGGCCAGGUCUGUGCAGAUACUCUCCCUCCUCUCCAAGUUUGGUGCUUCAUCUCUGAUUCCCUCAGUGAGUGCUAGCAACUGCCGAUUUGCAAGCAGAGGGGCCAGCAAGGCACGGAUGGGACAGGGCCCUGCGCAGGCAGACAAAGGAUCAAGCAGACCAGGAUACAGCGAUGAGACAUCUAAUGGAGAACUCGAGCUGGAGGACGUGGAGGACAAACUGCAAGCUUUAAUUCAGGAAGAGAGAAAAAGACAGAAGACUGUGAAGUAUCACAUAUUAAGGAGGCAGAUGACACCAUCAGGAGCUCCAGAGAGGAGGUUAACCUGGGAUGCCAUUGAGCAGAUCAGAUAUCUGAAGCAAAAUCAGCCAGACGAGUGGACAGUAGAGCGUCUGGCUGAAGGCUUCUCUGUCAGCCAUGAUGUGAUCCUGAGAGUCCUGAGAAGCAAAUUCAUCUCCUCUCCUGAAAGAAAAGCCAAGCAGAAUGCAAAAGUAAUGGCUAAAAUGAGCCAGCAGGUGCUGCCUUCAGGUGCUAAGACACAGCAGGACAGGUUGAAACUGCCCGAAAGGAACUCACAAGCCAUACUCCCACCUGGGAGCACAGAAGGUGCUUUGAUCCCUGUGGCUAAUCAGACUCAGGUGAUUCAAGGUCAUGGCUCACGUUCCCUAGCUAAGAGUCCUGUCCCUGUUACUGUUCAGCCCACACACAUUGCAGCUGGUAUUAGUGAAGAUGCCACAGUGACAGAAACAACAGAGCGCAGCACUAAUGAGAGUGAGCUUACAGAGGAGGAUGAAGAGAGUUGGGAUGGACAGGUGUUGACAGAGGAAGAACUUGAAGAGCUUAUGAAAAUGGAAAAGCCCUCUCCAGCAGUCCAAGUUGGGAAUGAUUUCUUUGAUGCAGAUGGAAACUUUUUGUAUAGAAUCUGAGAAUAUUUUGUGUUGUUAGCUCAGCAUGUGCAAUGUUGGGGUCAUGCAAAUUACCAAAUAAAAGUUAUUUUGAAUCUUUGUGCAAAAGAUAUUUGCACUUAUAUAUUUUUUCGUCCAGAUAUUUCACGCCCAUUUCACCCAUGUAUUGACUUCCCAGUUUAUCCCUGUGUCAAUUUUUAUAUAAGUCAUAGACAAAUGCAUUCACAGGCCACUUUAUUAGGUGCACCUUGCUAGUACUGGGUUGGAUCCCUUUCUGCCUUCAGAGCUGCUUUAAGUAUUAGUGGCACAGAUUCAACAAGGUGCUGGAAAUAUUCCUCAAAGAUUUUGGCCCAUAUUGACAUGAUAGGAAUUGUAUGACAUCAUAAAGUCAUACAAUUGAUGAAAAUGUGAUACAUCCAUGAUGAAAACUUCCUGUUCCACAACAUCCCAAAGGUACUCUAUUGGUUUGACAUAUGGUGACUGUGGAGGCCAUUUGAGUGCAGUGAACUCUGUCACGUUCAAGGAACGAGCCUGAGAUGAUUUGAGCUUUGGUAUCCUACUGGUGGGUUUAACUUGUGCAUACGUGGAUGGAUGCAGUCAGCAACAAUACUCAGGUUAGAUGUAAUCUGACACUCUAGGGGCCCAAAGUCUGACAAGAAAGUAUCUCCCACACCCUUACACCACAACCAGCAGCCCAAACUUGUGCCUUCAGAGAUGCUCUUCUGCAUACCUUUGUUGUAAUGAGUGGUUAUUGGAGUUAUUGUUGCCUUCCUAUCAGCUCCAAGCAGUCUGGCCAUCAACAAGGCAUUUUCACAUAAAGAACAGAGAUCACAGGAUAUUUUCUCUUUUUUGGACCAUUCUCUGUAAAUCCUAAAUAUGGUUGUUUUGGAAAAUCCCAGUAGAUCACCAGUUUCUGAAAUACUCAGACCAGCCCAUCUGGUACCAACAUCCAUUCAAAAUUCAGAGUCAAUUCAAUUGCCCCCAAAGAAGCACUCAGAUGCCAGAGGAAUGAUUACUGCAGUUGUUACACAACUACAAUUUUGAACUUAUCCUUUUAAAAUCUUAAAACUGGGACGCUUUGUAAAAUGUAAACAAAAACGGUAUGCAGUGAUCUGCAAAUCUCAAAGCCACAUUUCAUCCACAGUCAAAGACACAAAACAUCACAUUUAAACUGAACCACCAUGUACCAUAACAAGAAAAAUAUUUUGAAUUUGAUGGUAACAAGACGUGUCCAAAAAGUUUGGAGAGUGCCAUUAUGUAACAUCCCCUCUUUUUCUAACAAAUGUGUUUUCUUUGUUCUACUGUGAAUAAAAUCUGGGUUCAUGUGA